AUGCUUCACGAGCUUCUCCUCGCACUCUCUGGCCAUCCUGGAGAUGUCUUCGUUCCAUCCCCGCCAGAAGCUCCAACCACAUAUGCGGUAGCCGAGGACUUCCCAUUUCUCCAUCCCGCCGAACGCACCGCUCUCAACCGCCUGGCAACUCUCGGGUUUCAAUACGCCUACAUUCGAGACUAUGUAGACGAACAGAAGAAGCAGGUGUGGGGUGCGACGCUGGGAAAUCGGGCGUCGAAUCCAACAGCCGCCCCCAAUACGGGAUUCUACAGGCUGGCACUGUGUUCGGGGUUGGACGAGGUGCUAGAUGAAUAUACGGCGGCUAUUGUGAAGACUGAGCGGAAAGUUCUAUCGCAGCUGGAUCUGGAUACGGAUGGAGGUAAGACUCCCGUUAGCUAUUUGACCGCCGCUUUUGGGAAGUAUCAAAUACUUUUGCCGCACAUUGUGAAGCUGGUUGAGACCAUGAGAAACGAUCCAAGUGCCUAUCAUGGGGCAAGAGUGCUGAACCUGCUGCAUAAACGCUGUUAUAGUGGAUUGACCGAAGUGCGAAGAGCAAUGAUUAGUCUUUUCAAAGUGUGUAUGGCUGUGUUCUACAAGCAGCUCGUGUCUUGGAUGUUAUACGGCAUUUUGCAUGACCCGCAUCGGGAGUUCUUCGUGACAAGCGGACAUCCUUCCGGACAAAUGGUAGGUGCUAGUUGUUCAAGCGGUGGAAUGAAGGCAAACGCACCCACACGCUCGCAACACCAGAACUGGGCGGAGGAUGGCUUUGACGUCCAGCUGGAUGCCGAACACACGCAAUGGCAGUCUCGGUACAAGUUGGAUCACACAUUGACACUGGACUUCGUCCCUGUCAAGCUCGCCGAGGCGAUUCUCUUCGUUGGAAAAGCGCUGGUCACAAUCAAACAAUCGAGCCAACUAGAAGCUAUGGAUGCAGCAUCGACUUUGGUUGAGCACGCCGACUCUUUCUCUGCCCUUGCGGACGAUGCCGAGUUCCAGCCAUUACCAUUCGAAAUCGCCAUCGGCAAGGUGAAAAAGGAGGUCGCGGCGAUUCUGUGGGAUGUAGUGGUGAUGGACGAGCAUCUAACGCGACACCUACAUGCUAUCAAAAACACCUACGAGCUGGGCUUUGGUGACUUGUGGAUGGCAUUCAUCGAAGAGUGCUCGAAACUGAAAGCAAACGCCGUAACUCGGUUAUCCCGAGUGACCGAACAUGAACUUAACUCCACCUUCAGAUCUUUGCUGCGACAACGAGGCGGAGCCGAUGUUGAUCUGUACAGCACACAUUUUCGCUUCAAAGUCGUGCUUGAUAGAACAGGUAAGACUGUCUUGCGUGCAUCUCUUCCCUCGAUCGCCGAGUCUUCUCACACGAAGCAUAUCCUGGAAGACGAGCCAGACGGAGGGCUUUCCGCAAUACAUGUGGAGAGUUUCUUGGGGUUGGAGGUUAAGCUAGACUAUGUCGUCAAAUGGCCGCUCGAUCUGAUAUUUGUGCAGGAAGACAUCACAAGAUACAACAUCGUCUUCGCGUUCUUGUUACAGCUCAAAAGCACGCACAUGCGCGUGCAACGAGUUUGUUCCUCAAUCAGCCAAUCCGUACGUGGCGCAGACCGGGUAGCGAGGAGCGGUCAAGAUAGAAGCGAUUCAAGGUCUUUAGACCUACCACGGGAGAUAUGGCGGCUGAGGGCGAUGAUGCUGUUUUUCCUGGAUUGUCUGUGGUCUUACAUCCAGAUGGAUGUACUGGAAUCGAACCACCAAAUCCUACUGCAACGAGUAACACGAAAGCAACAGGUUGAGCAUGACGAUCCGCCCCCAGAUUCCGAUGACGCACAGCCAACCGCCCGGCCUUCCACAUCUUCCAGGCCCACUGCGAUCGGUGGCUUAGUAGGCCACGCCGAACCCACCUCACAACCAAGCUCCCCACACCGGUCCAGCCGCUCUGCCACACCACAUCAAUCCACUCGCACAGGCGACACUAUCCACCCCGACUUUGAAGACAUCCAAGCCGCACACAAAGCACAUAUCGACGCCGUCAUGCGGGGGUGCUUUCUUGACCCGAUCAUGAUGCGGUUGGUGGGCAAGACGAUCCAGCAAGUGUUGGAGCUGUGCCAGAGUUUCUGUGGGAUGGUUGAUCGGGCUUUGAGUGAGGGGUUGGAUGAUUUUGAAAGGGGUGGAACGGGACGUGGGGCGGGUAUGAUGGCCGAAUUGAUUGAGGGGAUGGCUCAGGUUAAACAGGUAACGGAGAGUUGA